CAAACCUGUCUGCCUACUGGAUAACGAGCACCCUGGGGCAGCACAUUUCUUUCUUCCCAUUUAUCCUGCAACAAACAAUACAGAUAUUAUAACACAAUCACAGUACACGAAUAUAGGAACAUUCCAGAUGAAGCAGCCAAUUAGAGACCUCCUGAAGAGACUGGGUUCAAAGCGAGCCCAGAUAAUUGGAUGGAGAUACAUGUGGGCCAUGUUAACACAGAAAGGUGCCAAGAUGUUUGGAGAGUCCUACAGCAAGAGUACUGAGUUCAACACCUGGGGAGCUCCUGUAGUGCUUCGUACAGAAAUACCGCUCAUGCCCAUUGAAGAAAGUGGGUGUGAUUGGGCAGACAGAAGAGAAUUUUUUAAUCAUAUUGAGGGUUAUGGCAGUGUCUGCAGCUCCAUGGAUCCUGCGCCAUUGUUGUUUAACCCUGAACCAGACUGGGAGCAGAGAGACAUAUGCGGUUUAGUUUAAAAUACAUGUGCACUCUUUGUGAAUGCGUGACAGAGAUGGCAGCACUGUAUGGCACACAGAACUCUAGUAGUGGUGGGAAGAGUGAGGAGCCUUUUUGAUACCUAAAAUGGCGACGUUUUUUUUACAAGAACAGCGAGUAAUCGUUCGUUUUCUCCACUUGUGUGGUGCGACACCCAUGAUGUUCUGUCAAGUUUGGUACAGUCACAUAAUUCAAGCAUUCCUUGAAAUGCAGUUGAAACUACCUCCUCAGCCAGGACAUAUAUGUAUAUCUCUAGUUGCAUAAAUAAAUGUAACGGAUAUUUUAACUAUAAUUAUCACAUAGGAGAAUAUGACUUCAAGUUUGAAAUUAUUGGUAUGAUAUCAUUAUAACAUUGUUUGUUAUUCUUUGUACCAGUCUUUAUUUUCACUCUGUAUAGUACAAGAUUCUCUGUAAAAUAUCUUUUUGGGGUGCAGGAAACAUAAGCUUACAAAAGAAAUGUCCUGUGUGAACAGUAAGGUCUCCAGUAUAGUGUUCCUGUUGAUAAUCCUACAUAGGUUACACAAUUUAGUACCAAAUUUCAAAAAAGCAAAAAUGUAUUUGUGUCUCUAAAUCAUGUUGAGCAUAAUAAUGAUGUACAAUCAAAGAUAUUCUACUUUAGAGAAGUUAUAUCAGUUCACUGUAGAAUUAAAAUUAUAGUGAGGAAGUUAGGUAAUGAAUUUUCUUUAGGUUUUCUUAUGAUAAAUGUU